CAAUGUCUGGUGCAUUGGCAGAACAGGAGAAAAAGGGCGGUUCGGCGCCGUCCUCUGCUCACAGUGAACCUCUGCACUCUGAUCUGGAAGCUCGCAGGGUUUCUGGCACGACACCGACACCUCUGGAUGUACUGGAUCAGAUCAAGGCAACGGAUGAGGCGCAUCCUAUGCAUUGGUCGUUAUGGAAGAAGUGGUUCGUCAUCACCGUCUAUUGUCUACUACAGGUCUACGUGACCAUGACUUCCACAAUGUACGUCUCAGUCGAGACCUUCAUCCAGGAACGGUUCCCUAGUACGACACAAGUCGUGACGCUUGGCCAAUCAAUGUUUAUCAUCGGAACUGCUGUUGGACCUGUUUUCCUCGGACCUUUGUCAGAUCUCGGAGGCCGCAAAUGGGUAUAUGUUGGAUCUAUCUUGCUCUAUGCCAUUCUCAACAUUGGCUGUGCUUUGGCAUACAACCUGCCCAUGUUGAUCAUCUUCUGUUUCCUGAUUGGUGUUGCUGGAUCUACUGCUUUGUCUAACGUUGCUGGAACCAUUAUUGACCUUUUGGCCGAAGAUGGUGCAGGCCAGCCAAUGGCCCUCUUCGUACUCUCCUCAAACUACGGUGCGAGUUUGGGCUCGCCAAUUGGUGAAUGGAUCGGCAUCAACCCAAACAUGGGAUGGCGCUGGNNAUUGUCAGCCUUCUACAUGAACAUCAUCUUUGGUGGUGCUUUUGCUCUCGUGAUGUGCUUCAUGCCCGAGACGCUACCUUCUAUUGUCAUCUCAAGAGCGGUCAAGAAGCGCAACACUGACGACCCCAACGCCAAGGUCGUCGCUGCCGAGUUGACCAAGGUCAAUGUGUUCCAAGAGAUCCGCUUCGUCUUGACAAUGGCGUUGCGCAUCAUGUUCACUGAACCCAUCGUCAUCUUCCUCGGCUUCUAUAACGGUUUCGCCUACNNGGGUCAUCUGCUCUUCCUCUACCUCGAUGGUGUCUUUGAUGUCUUUGUGGAUAACAACGGUCUCAGCUACGUGGGCGCCAGUCUCUCGUACCUCAACUUCUGCGUCGGCGUGACCUGCAUGUUCAUUUUUGUUCCCGUCCAGACCUACCUCUUCCGCAAAGACCGCAUCAAGCACGGCAAGCACCGCCCCGAAGCCCGCUUCCUUACCUCUCUGGUCACCGUCUGGUUGUUCCCCAUCACAAUCUUCUGGUUCGCAUUCACCUCCAACGGUGAAACCUCUUACUGGUCUCCCAUUGUUGCUGGCGGUGUCCUCGGAUUCUGCGACCCAUUGCUCUGGUUGGGUAUGCUGAACUACCUCGGCGAUACCUAUAGCAAUGUUGCCGGAUCGGCUGUGGCUGCUUUCUUGAUCCCGUCUUUCUUGAUUGCGGCAGCUAUGUGUCAUGCCGGUGUUGCCAUGUUCGAAAACAUGAGUACCACUUGGGCGUUUGCGACUCUGGCUUUUGUCUCCUUGGGUCUGGUCGCUUUGGUGUAUAUCCUUUACUUCUUUGGACCUAUGCUCAGGAGACGCAGUAAGCUGGCGAACGUUUAC